CCUUAAACAAAGAGGCAUUUUUGUCCACGACGCCCUGCCUCGCGGCCUGAGCUGGCACAUCUCCACUCCUCGCCCUCUCUACUGUCCUGUCUCCUCACUCCACCGGUCCAACCCAACAACCAGCCCCGCCGAAUUCCAAGGUUUCCCGCGUGCGGCGGCGAGCGGGGCGGGACGUGCCGGGGACGGUGGUUGGGUUGGAUUGGAUUGGAUCGGAUCGGUGCCGCCCGUUGACCAGAGCGUAAACCAGAGAUGGGCAAGGGCGGCGGCUGCGUCCCCAGCAAGAAGCGCCAGCCGCCGGCCGCCGCGCCUUCUUCGUCGUCCGCCGCGGCGGCGGUGCCGCGCGAGGCGCCCGAGGAGGAGGCGGCCGCCGCGGUCGGGCGAAAGCUGCGGCUCUACAUCGUGUUCUACUCGAUGUACGGGCACGUGGAGUCCCUGGCACGGCGCGCAGCGGCUGGCGCCGGCGCAGUGGACGGCCUGGAGGCCGUGCUGCGGCGGGUCCCCGAGACGCUCCCGCCGGAGGUGCUGGAGAAGAUGCAGGCGCCGGUCAAGGACCCCGCGGUCCCCGUGAUCGCGUCGGCCGCGGAGCUGCAGGAGGCUGACGGAGUGUUGUUUGGCUUCCCGACGAGGUACGGCGCCAUGGCUGCGCAAAUGAAGGCCUUCUUCGACUCCACCGGCUCGCUCUGGGAGGCGCAGAAGCUCGCUGGGAAGCCCGCCGGGUUCUUCGUCAGCACCGGAACGCAGGGCGGGGGGCAGGAGACCACGGCUUGGACGGCCAUCACCCAGCUAGCUCACCAUGGAAUGCUUUUCGUCCCAAUUGGCUACACCUUUGGUUCAGGCAUGUUCGACAUGGAUGGUAUCAGAGGAGGCAGCCCCUAUGGCGCGGGGGUAUUUGCUGGCGAUGGCAGCAGACAACCCAGUGAGACUGAACUCGCCCUUGCAGAGCACCAGGGCAAGUACAUGGCCUCCAUAGUGAAAAAGCUAGCUCUCCAUGCUUGAGACAGCCACCCCUGUGCAGUGGAAGUCACAUGGUCACCUUCCUCCGGUGCUCGGCUUCUCCUAUUGUUUCCGGAUACAUCCGGCCCGUCGUAUAUGUGCACAGCUUGCCCUAUCGUUUGUGAAAGUAGCCACCCCUAAAUUAAGGUUCAUUUGUACAUUGUCGGCAUAUUCAUAUUGUUGUCCAUUUGAACAAUAAGAGUGUCAUAAUAAACAUCAUAUGUCAUAUUGGUUUUGGUGUUUGUUUUGUUGCACGGAACUGUUCUUAUACUAUAAAAGAAGAGUAAUUUUGUUCUGA